GUUUGGGCUGUGAGCGGAGGGGGGGGGGAAGUGCUGCGAGGGCUCCAGUUGAUGUUGCUGCUCCUGGGCCGCAGGGUUCCGCUGUCAUUCGUACACAGACUCACUACCUGCCGUCCAGCGUCGAGGCCCGUCCUGCUGCGCGCAGCGUUAUUGAAACUCACAAAGACAACUGGAGCCUCGCACAGAACCGUGUUCGUAAACGCCACUGGCCAACACACAGGAACCAUGCCCGAAAGGAGGCCCUUCGUACGGUUACCAGCUGACGUUUACCCCGUCAACUAUGGCUUGUGCCUGAAGCCCGACCUCAUCGACUUCACCUUCGAAGGCAAGCUGGAGGCGCUGGUGGAGGUUACACAAGCCACAAAUCAGAUUGUGAUGAACUGUGCCGACAUCGACAUCAUCACGGCGUCCUUCGUACCGCCGGGGGGCGAUGAAAUUAACGCCACGGGAUUCAACUAUCAAAAUGAGGACGAGAAAGUCACCUUGUCGUUUCCUAGCGCCUUACAGAAAGGCUCUGGCACGUUGAAGGUAGACUUCGUCGGGGAGCUGAACGACAAAAUGAAGGGGUUCUACAGGAGUAAAUACACGGCCCCCACUGGGGAGGUCCGCUACGCCGCCGUCACUCAGUUUGAGGCUACGGAUGCUCGCAGAGCUUUCCCCUGUUGGGAUGAGCCAGCGAUUAAAGCCACCUUUGACAUCGCUCUGAUAGUUCCCAAGGACCGCGUGGCCUUGUCAAAUAUGAACGUCAUCGAUCGGAAGCCAUUCCCGGAGGACGAGAACCUGGUGGAGGUGAAGUUCGCCACCACGCCCAUCAUGUCCACGUACCUGGUGGCGUUCGUCAUCGGGGAAUACGACUUCGUGGAGAGCCAGUCGUCGGACGGCGUCACGGUGCGCGUCUACACGCCGGUCGGCAAGGCGGAGCAAGGGAAGUUUGCGCUGGAGGUUGCAACUAAGACCUUACCGUUCUACAAAGACUACUUCAGCGUUCCUUAUCCGCUGCCGAAAAUCGAUCUGAUAGCCAUCGCUGAUUUUGCUGCUGGUGCCAUGGAGAACUGGGGCCUGGUUACCUACAGGGAGACGGCACUGCUGAUUGACCCCAAGAACUCCUGCUCUUCCUCCAGGCAGUGGGUGGCGCUGGUGGUCGGACACGAACUCGCCCACCAGUGGUUCGGGAACUUGGUCACCAUGGAAUGGUGGACCCAUCUGUGGCUCAAUGAGGGAUUUGCAUCCUGGAUCGAGUACCUGUGUGUGGACCACUGCUUCCCAGAAUACGACAUCUGGACCCAGUUUGUCUCGGCCGACUACACGCGCGCUCUGGACCUGGACGCGCUGGACAGCAGCCACCCCAUCGAGGUCAACGUGGGACAUCCAUCCGAGGUGGACGAAAUCUUCGACGCCAUCUCCUACAGCAAAGGGGCGUCUGUGAUCCGGAUGCUGCACAACUGGACGGGGGACGAGGACUUCAGGAAAGGAAUGAACGCCUAUCUGCUGAAGUUCCAACAUAAGAACGCUUCGACAGAGGACCUGUGGGACUGUCUGGAACAGGCCAGCGGGAAACCCAUCGCUGAGGUGAUGAGCUCGUGGACCAAGCAGAUGGGCUUCCCCAUCAUCGUGGUGGAGGAGGAGAAGCAAGGAGACGAACGCAUCCUCAAGUUAUCUCAGAAGAAGUUCUGUGCCAGUGGACCACACAACGGUGAGAACUGCCCCAGCUGGAUGGUCCCAGUCAGCAUUUGCACCAGCGAGGACCCCAAAUGCACGAAGCUCAAGGUUCUGCUGGACAGACCCGAGACCACAGUCACCCUGAGCGGCGUGGCGCCCGACCAGUGGAUCAAGAUCAACCCCGGCACCGUGGGCUUCUACCGCAUCCAGUACAGCACGUCCAUGCUGGAGAGCCUGCUGCCGGGGGUCAGAGACCUCAGCCUGCCGCCCGUGGACCGACUCGGCCUGCAGAACGACCUCUUCUCCCUGUCUCGUGCAGGCAUGAUCAGCACGGUGGAGGUGCUGAAGCUGAUGGAGGCGUUCGUCAACGAGCCCAACUACACGGUGUGGAGCGACCUCAGCAGCAACCUGGGGGUGCUGUCCUCGCUGCUGUCCCACACAGACUUCCACGAGGACAUCCAGGAGUUCAUCCGGGACCUCUUCACCCCCAUCGGCCUGGAGCUCGGCUGGGACUGCAAGCCGGGGGAAGGUCACCUGGACGCCCUGCUCAGAGGUCUGGUGCUGGGGAAGCUGGGGAAGGCGGGUCACAAACCCACGCUGGAGGAGGCCCGGCGGAGAUUCAGGGACCACGUGGAGGGCAAGCAGGUGCUGCCUGCCGACCUGCGCAGCCCGGUGUAUCUAACGGUGCUGAAGCACGGAGACAGCGCCACGUUGGACACAAUGAUGAAGCUCCACAAACUAGCAGACAUGCAGGAGGAGAAGAAUCGCAUCGAGCGAGUGCUCGGCGCCAUCUCCGCCCCCGACCUCAUCCAGAAAGUCCUCAGCUUCGCCCUCUCGGAAGACGUGCGUCCCCAGGACACGGUCUUUGUCAUCGGGGGCGUGGCCGGCAGCAGCAAACAAGGCCGGAAAGCGGCCUGGAAGUUUGUCAAGGACAACUGGGAGGAGCUUUACAACCGCUACCAGGGCGGCUUCCUCAUAUCACAGCUCAUCAAGUACACCGUCGAUGGAUUUGCGAUCGACAAAAUGGCCGCUGAAGUGAAGAGCUUCUUUGAGAGCCACCCGGCGCCGUCGGCUGAGCGCACGGUGCAGCAGUGCUGCGAGAACAUCAACCUCAACGUGGCCUGGCUGAAGCGCGACGCCGACGACAUCGCUCAGUAUCUACUGAAGCGCAAAGGCCCCCCUGUCUGAGGCCCCCCCCCCCCUCCUCCCUCCAGAGCGGACCCUCCAGCAUCACAGCCCCCCCCCCACCCCACUGCAGAUCAGAGCUGGAGACCAGCGCGUAUUUACAGCAAGCUUAAUUACUCUCAAACUGUGGAUCAAGAACGCAAAGCCAAGAAUUUAACACCGUGGUGGAAACACAAAGACUUUCUACGUCCAACCAAACAAAGUCAUUGUAGUCGGACCAGCAAUGUAGUUUUGCCCCAUUCUGCCUCCAAACUAACGCUGCCCCCCCCCCCCACCCCCCUCCACAGACACUUUCAUCAAUCUCUGCGUCACCACCACCUUCAAAUUCUCCUGCUGCCACUCAUUUUGAAUGCAUGACUUGUGAUUUGCUGCUUUCGUUUACUCCGGUUUGUUUUCUGUACAAACGGGUUAUUUUGUUGUAGUUUUUUUUUCUUUUUGAAUUUCACACCCCUCUGUACCCCCCCCCCCCCCCUCCCCUCCCCAGUUAUCAUUAAGUAAUUCACACCUCCUCCUGCUCAUUGGGCCCCCCAGAGCGUAGUGGUGUUGUAGCUAGCAUGAGGCUAGAGGCUAGCAUGGUACGUUGUCAACUGUGGGAUGAGUUUUAUUUUUUUUGUUUUGCAGACAAUGUUAUUAAAAAAAAAAAAACUUUUGUAUAGUGAACAAACACAUUUGAUCCCCCCCCCAAAUGAAACAAAAAUAUUGCCAUGUUUUAUAAAACAUCCAAUGCAGUGAUUAUUUUAAUUUAAGAUGCUGAUGGUCUUUUUAUUCUGAGGAGUGAGACGUGCUGUCAGUGGGGUUCUGGUGGGACGCCACGGAUCGACUGGACUGAGCCUGGAGGCCUCGAACCGACCGGUUUGAGGUAAAUAUUUAUCGCUGAAGGGGUGAAAAAUAGAUUUCCACAUAACGUCAAAUGUAUCUAAUGUGACAGAUUAUGCAGACUUGUUGAACGAGUAUAUCUAUAUAGAAUUUACUAUUUGAUGUGGGUUCUUUUUUUUUUUUUUAACUUACCAACCCAGAGACGUCCCACCUGUCUGAGACCUCAACCCUCCCCCCCCACCCUACACACACACACACACACACAGAGCCCUGACAUUUCUUUUUUGUUUUGUUUAAAAACUACAGUUGGUGUUCAUUAAAGUGAAAAAAAAAAGGAUUAUAAAAAGAAAUGAUGUUAAAAACGUGGAGAAGUUUAUUCUAACGAUUUGAAGUGUGAGGAAACAUUUUAAAAGGGUUUGUUUUUCUUCUCACUUGGGGAUCAUCUCAUGACUAAUGGAUGAAACGGCACCGAAACGCGUGUAAAAAGAAAUCAAAUAACAGACCUCCCGUCCACACCGUUUGGUUUCAGUGAGGCUUUGUUUAGACGUAGUUUAUCUACUUUAUUUGGUGUUUUCUAUUUCUCCUGAUGGAUCAGAAUUUGUAGUUCUGACUUGAAGACGCUGGACUGAUUUGAAUCACCUAUCUGUCGCCAUGAGACAUUCUCAGUGGGUCACAGCCGUCAAUCCUACUCGUCUGGACUGGAGGGAAUGAGAGGUCAAAGGUGAAGACGUCCUGAGGGUUUUGGAGUAGCACGUUGUGGUAAUUCAAUGAAUUGACCGUUGUAGCGGGGGGGGGGGGGGGUGAACGCAGAGUAUUGUCACCUCCACACCAAGAGGCUGCAGCUGCUCCUUAUGUGAAGGAGUUUAUUUGCUUUGUAUAUUUUAGCCUUGUCAUGUGAGGAUAAUGUGUACUUUUUUUUAUUAGCUUUCUAAAGAGUGAUUUAUGUACAUGAAUCAACGAAACCACUGCAGGUUCACUGCAGUUAGACUAAAUAUAACUAAGGAUAUAAACAUAGUUAAAUAUAACUAAGGAUAUAAACGAUAACAAAGGAUAUAUAAGAGGGCUGUUUGUGUUUAUAACACUGGGAAAGUUCUGCAUUCAUAAUAUUUGUUAAAUAAAGUGCAUGUAUUAGUAUAUAAUAUCCAAAGUACAGAUUAUGCAAAGUGGUCAAUUUCAGAAUAUAGUGAAUUAAAAACAUUGGAGUAUAA